ACUGUUUUAUUUUAACUACAGUAAAUGACAUCUGUUCAACGCUCGGUAUUUCUGCAGUUUGGAGCUGUUUUUAUUUUAGAAUAUUUGUAGCCAUUUCAGCAGUUGAAAAUGAGACCAGAAUAGCAUAAUUUAUUUAGUUUGAUUAUAUUUACUCUCUCUGAUUUUGUGACAUUGUGCUGCGUUCACAAACAGCAAAAGACAAGUGAUACACACAGAAAUGAGUCAAGGGGCUGAGACCCCCCACACAGCACUACACUGCUGUGUAGUCAUGGAGACUGACGGGGACAUGGAUAAUUCUACCAGCACGAACAAGACAUCAACACAGACCAAUGCAGGGCCACACACACACAGACCUCCAUCUCCAGUGCCCAGCUGUGUGUCCAUGAAGAGUGAUCAGUCCAUAAAUGAACCUCUUCAGUUCAGCAGUGGACCAGUUCUACCGGGACUAAAGCCAAACACACACAGACCUCCAUCUCCAGUGCCCAGCUGUGUGUCCAUGAAGAGUGAUCAGUCCAUAAAUGAACCUCUUCAGUUCAGCAGUGUACCAGUUCUACCAGGACUAAAACCACAGACACACAGACCUCCAUCUUCAGUGCCCAGCUGUGUGUCUCUGAAGAGUGAUCAGUCCAUAAAUGAACCUCUUCAAUUCAGUAGUGGACCAGUUCUACCAGGACUAAAACCACAGACACACAGACCUCCAUCUCCAGUGCCCAGCUGUGUGUCCAUGAGGAGUGAUAUGUCCAUAAAUGAACCUCUUCAGUUCAGCAGUGGACCAGUUCUACCAGGACUAAAACCACAGACACACAGACCUCCAUCUUCAGUGCCCAGCUGUGUGUCUCUGAAGAGUGAUCAGUCCAUAAAUGAACCUCUUCAAUUCAGUAGUGGACCAGUUCUACCAGGACUAAAACCACAGACACACAGACCUCCAUCUCCAGUGCCCAGCUGUGUGUCCAUGAGGAGUGAUAUGUCCAUAAAUGAACCUCUUCAGUUCAGCAGUGGACCAGUUCUACCAGGACUAAAUGAAUUGAGUGCUGAUCAGACAGGCAGACAGAGGGAAGAUGAGGACCUGGAGGGAGUUAAAGAUAAUCAUAAUACACCUACACAUGCAACAGUGAGAACAAGCCAACCAGAUGAGAACUUGAUGAGAGUUAUAGAGAAGCACAAAGCCAGUCUAAAGACGAGAGUUGAGAACAUAUCUGAAGGCAUCAUCAAACCAGGAGCUGAGAUACUCCUCAAUGAGAUCUACACAGAGCUCUACAUCACAGAGGGAGAGAGUGAAGGUGUGAAUAAGGAACAUGAGGUUUGGCAAGUAGAGUCAGCAUCUAGACGAGAAACCACAGAAGACGUACCAAUCAACUGCAAUGACAUAUUCAAGACCUUCCCUGGACAGAAGAGGCACAUCAGAUCUGUGAUGACCAAAGGUGUUGCUGGCAUUGGAAAAACAGUCUCCGUGCAGAAGUUCAUUCUUGACUGGACAGAUGGGCUAGCUAAUCAGGAUGUAGAUUUUAUGUUUCCCCUUUCUUUCCGUGAGCUGAAUUUGGUCAGGGAUCAUGAAUAUUGUCUUCACAGCCUCCUGCUUGACUUCUUCCCUGAGCUGAAGGAGCUGAAUGAUUGUGAAGGAUACAAAGACUGUCGGGUUGUGUUCAUCUUUGAUGGGUUGGAUGAGAGUCGGUUGACUCUGGAUCUGAAACAGAACAGUGAGUUGACUGAUAUAAAGCAAACAUCAUCAGUGGAUGUUCUGACGACAAGCCUCAUCCAGGGAACUCUGCUUCCCUCUGCACUCAUCUGGAUAACCUCACGACCAGCAGCAGCCAGUCAGAUUCCUGCUCAGUAUAUCGACCAGGUGACAGAAAUACGAGGAUUUAGUGACCCACAGAAGGAAGAGUACUUUAGGAAGAGAAUCAGUGAUGCGAGUCAGGCCAACAGAAUCUUCUCUCACAUCAAGGCAUCCAGGAGUCUUCAUAUCAUGUGCCACAUUCCUGUCUUCUGUCGGAUUGCAGCCACUGUGCUUCACCAGAUGCUGGGACAGGUCAAAACCCAAGAAAUUCCCCAAACUCUAACUGAGAUGUUCAUACAGUUCUUGCUCAUCCAGGCCACCAGGAAGGAUGAGAUAUAUCAGAGUGGAACUGCAGAAAAUCAAGAGAGACGUCUUGAAUCUCAGAGAGAAAUUUUACUGAAGCUGGCAGAACUGGCUUUCAAGAAUUUGGAAAACGGUAAUUUGAUGUUUCAUGAGGAAGACCUGCGAGAGUGUGGCAUUGAUGUCACUGAAGCCUCAGUGUACUCUGGUAUGUGCACUGAGAUCUUCAAAGAAGAAUCUGUCUUUCACCAGAAGAAGGUUUACUGCUUUGUGCAUCUCAGUGUCCAGGAGUUUCUGGCAGCUCUGUAUGUGUUUCACUCUUACAUGACUGAGAACUUUGAGGGACUGAAAUCAAUAAUCAGUGACAAACACAGACACGAUUCCAGCCCCUGGAUUGUAUCAUUUCUCAUCAGCAUCAUGUCCUUUGUUAAAUCAAAGUUGGGCUUACAGUCGCAAGAUCAUGUACAUGUGCUGCUCAAGAGUGCAGUGGAUGAGGCUUUGAAGAGCAGCAAUGGACACCUGGAUCUUUUCCUUCGCUUCCUUACGGGCAUCGCUCUGGAGAGCAAUCAGAGUCUUUUGCAAGGUCUACUGAACUACACACAUAGCACCUCAAAGAGUAUUAAAGAAACAUGUCAGUAUAUAAAGAAGCUCAACAGAGAAGAUCUCUCUCCUGAACGAUGCAUCAAUCUUUUCCACUGCUUACUUGAAAUGAAAGAUCAUUCCAUGCAUGAGGAAAUUCAGAAACGUUUGUCAUCACCAAAGAACAAUGACCAGGAGUGGUCUCCUGCUCACUGUUCAGCACUGGCCCACAUGCUUCUGAUGUCUGAGGAGGUGUUGGAUGAGUUUGACCUGAAGAAAUACAACACAUCAAAUGAGGGACGCAGGAGACUGCUUCCAGCUGUGAGAUGCUGUAGAAAGGCACGACUUACUGAAUGCACACUCUCAGAGAAGUCCUAUGGAAUUGUGGUUAAUGUUCUACAGUCGCCAAACGUUCUGAUAGAGCUGGACCUGAGUCACAAUGACCUGAGGGAUUCUGGAGUUCAGCUUCUCUCCAAGGGACUGUCUAGUCAUAACUGCAACCUGCAGACAUUAAGAUUUGCUGGCUGUAAACUCACUGAUAAGUCCUGUGAGACAGUGACCUCAGUUCUGCAGUCACCAAACUCCCUGAUAGAGUUGGACCUGAGUCACAAUGACCUGGGGGAUUCUGGAGUUCAGCUUCUAUCUAAGGGACUGCUUAGUCCCCAAUGCAAACUGCACACAUUAAGACUUGCUGAAUGUACACUCUCAGAGAAGGCCUGUGAAAUUGUCACUGCUGUUCUGCAGUCACCAAACCCCCUGAAAGAGCUGCUCCUGAGUGACAAUGACCUAAGAGAUUCUGGAGUCCAGCAUCUCUCUAAUGGACUGUCUAGUCCCCACUGCAAUCUGCAGACAUUAAGGCUUGCUGACUGUAAACUCACAGAUAAAUCCUGUGAGAUCGUGGCUUCAGUUCUACAGUCACCGAACUCCCUGCUACAGCUGGACCUCAUUGACAAUGACCUGGGGGAUUCUGGAGUUCACCUUCUGUCAAACGGACUGUCCAAUAUCAGCUGCAAACUGCACACAUUAAGGCUCUCUGAUUGUCUCAUCUCAGAGAAGGGGUGUGGUUUUCUAGCUUCAGCUCUGACUUCAAACCCCUCCCAUCUAAAGGAGCUUGAUCUGAGCUACAAUCAUCCUGGAGAAUCAGGACGGAAGCUGUUAUCCGCUAGACUAGAGGAUCCUCACUGUAAACUGGAGAUACUCAAGCUCUCCGAUUGUCUGAGCUACAAUCACCCUGGAGAAUCAGGACGAAAGCUGUCAUCUGCUAGACUGGAGGAUCCUGUCUGCAAACUGGAGAAACUAAAGAUUGACCAUGCUACUGUAAGCAGAGCACGACCACGUUUGCUGAGAUAUGCCUGUGAGCUCACACUGGACCCAAACACAGCACACAUAGAACUCUGUCUCUCCGAGGGGAACAGAAAGGUGUUUCGUGAGAGUGAGUACCAGCCGUAUCCUGACCACCCAGAGAGAUUUGACGUGUGGGUUCAGGUGUUUUGUAGAGAGGGUCUGUCUGGACGCUGCUACUGGGAGGCUGAUUGGACUGGGAGUCGAAUUUGUGUAGCUGUGGCCUAUAAAAGCAUAGAGAGGAAAGGCGGGGGUAACGACAGUACUCUGGGAUAUAAUGACAAGUCCUGGAGCCUGGAGUGCUAUCCUGACAGAUGCCGCGUCUGGCACGAUGAUAAAGGCACUGUCAUACCUGCCCUCUCCUCCCGCUCCAGAAGAGUAGGAGUGUACCUGGACUGGCCGGCCGGCACUGUGUCUUUCUACAGCGUCUCCUCUAACACACUCACCCACCUGCACACAUUCCACUCCGCAUUCACUGAGCCCCUCUAUCCAGGGUUUUGGGUUGAUGAAGACUGUUCAGUGUCCCUGUGCCAGAUCACAUGACCUCCUCCUUGGUGCGUCACAGGUACGACCACCUGUCACCUUUCUCCUGUUCACACAGCAGUGGAUCUGGCUCUGGUCCACUCUCUCACUCCACUUCUCUCGUUUCCCCACUCCUCCACACCUCCCCUUAUUUCUUUAUUCCUUUUCAUCAUUCUCUUUCUGUCUUCCUCCCACUUUCUUUCUGUCCCCUAUCCUCCUCCUCUGUUUCUCUCAGCCCUCUUUCUCUGUCUUUUUCAUCCCUUCAUCUGUCCUCCAUCCUCUUUUCCUUGUCCUCUCCUCUAAAUUGACUGUGUAGAUUGUAAUAAUGUUGCAAUCAGUAAUAAUAUUAUAUAUUCUGCAUUCCUGUAUGUUUUGUUAUUUGCUGAUUGAUUUUAUUCAUUAUUUUAAUGUUAUGGACCUGUUGUCAUUGUCUUCAUUUGAUUAAAUG